AAUUAGUUAGUUUCAAUCAGUUUAGUCUUAUUUUUAAUUUGAAUAAUGAUGGUUUUAAAUUUUUUAAUACAAUUAUGUUAAAAAUGAGAGUGUUAAAAAUUGUCAUUUUAUUAUUUUCACUUUUAAUUGGUGUAAAUUCACUAGAACUAUUAAAUUUAGUAAAUACUGACACGAUAAAAGAUACUCUUAAUAUUGUAUCACCUCUAUUACCCGAAGAACUAUCAGGUGUCCUCGACACCUUAGACCGGAGUGCUCUUGGAUUAACUUACAACGUUAAAACUACACCACUACCCACUCGACAUAAAUAUGAUUUUAUUGUUAUUGGUGCUGGAUCUGCUGGUUCUACAGUAGCUAGACGUUUGUCAGAAAAUAAAAAGUGGAAAAUUUUAUUAUUGGAAGCAGGUCCACCCGAAACUCUUAUAAAUCAAGUACCAAUAUUAUAUGCCUUUCCAUGGGUAGAUGAAACACCUUAUAAUUGGGGGUACAAAGUUGAAAAGCAAAAGCAUGCUUGUUUUGGAAUGACUGAUGGACAAUGUACGUGGCCACGAGGUAGAUCAUUAGGCGGAACUAGUACGCUAAAUGCUAUGAUUCACACAAGGGGAAACAAAUUAGACUAUGAAUUAUGGGCUUCUUUAGGAAAUAAAGGAUGGUCAUAUGAAGAAGUUCUACCAUACUUCAAAAAAAGCGAAAACUUUCAAGUAAAAGAACCCCACAAUUCAUCAUAUCAUGGAAGACAUGGACACCUAUGUGUACAAGACAUUCCAUACCGUACGCCAUUGGCAAAAACAUAUUUAGAAGCUGGUGUAGAAUUGGGAUACGAUGUUAUAGACUAUAAUGGUCCUGAUCAAAUUGGUUUUUCAUAUUUACAAGUUAAUAUGGACCAUGGUGCUCGAUGCAGUUCUGCGAGAGCUUAUCUUAAAAAUCAUGGAUCUAACUUGGAAAUAGUAACAGGUGUUUUCGUAACAAAAAUAUUAAUUGAUGAUAAUCAACGUGCUUAUGGAGUUGAAUAUGAAAAAAAUGGAGUAAAAAGAAUCGUUCGAGCUAGUAAAGAAAUAAUUUCAUCAGCAGGUACAAUAGAUUCUGCUAAAUUAUUGAUGCUUUCUGGAAUAGGACCAAGAGAUCAUCUAGAAGAACUAGGAAUUGAGGUCAUAAAAGAUGCUAAAGUUGGAUACAAUAUGUACGAACAUAUAGCAUUUUGGGGUUUACUGUUUACUGUUAAUUCGAGUGUCACCAUUAAUAUUAAUGACUUUUUGUCACCUGCUAAUGCUUUACAAUAUUCUCUGAGUCGAGAUAGUGCUUAUGCACUUCCAGCAGGAGCGGAAUCAAUCGCAUUUUUGAGAACUAAAUAUGCUACUGAUGAACGUCCAGAUAUAGAAUUACUUUUUAUUAGUGGUGGAAUACAUUCAGACAAUGGUCUAGCAUUAAAAUCUGCCUAUGGAAUAUCAGAUCGAGUUUACAACGAAUUUUUCAAACCACUAGAAUAUCGCAAUGCUUUCACUAUAUGGCCAAUAGUUCAACAUCCAAAAAGUCAUGGUCGUAUAACACUCAGAUCUAAAAAUCCACAUGAUAAGCCAAUACUUCAACCAAAUUUUUUUACUCAUCCAAAAGAUUUGGAAACCAUUUUAGAAGGAAUAAAAAUGGCAAUUGAUGUUUCUCAAACUGAAGCAAUGCAGCAAUAUAAUCCUCAGAUAUAUACCAAAAAAAUGCCUGGAUGCAAGUCUCAUACAUUUGGAACUGAUGAUUACUUUAGAUGUGCGGUUAAAGUUUUACCUGCGUUAGAAAAUCACGAAAUGGGAACAGUGAAGAUGGGACCUCAAUCAGACCCUAAUGCAGUAGUAGAUCCCAAGUUACGUGUUUAUGGCAUUGAAAGGUUGAGAGUCAUCGAUGCAUCAAUUAUGCCUACUAUGCCAGUUGGGCAUAUUAAUGCAGGAGUUUAUAUGAUUGGUGAAAAAGGUGCUGAUAUGAUCAAACAAGCAUGGAGAAAAAUUAAACACCGAAGAAAUUAAAUAUGAAAUAAUAAUUGUAAUUAUAAAUUUUAAUUAAUCAUAUUAUAUUAUUGAUAAAAAACUCUUUUAUAAUUUUUUUUGUCUGGGA